AUGUCGGAAAUCGUAUUGACCUUCGAUGCCCUCCUGUUUGACAUGGAUGGAACCCUGGUAGAUUCCACCGCAGGGGUUGAAGGUGCUUGGAAAGUUUUCAAAAAAAGCUAUCCACACAUCGACGUCCAUGACAUCCUAAGCUCCGCACAUGGCAUUAGGACCGUCGACAACCUCAAGAACUACUGUGGGGUGACUGAUCCUGUGCAGCUUGAGAAUGAGGCAGUACGUUUCGAACAAGCCAUCCUUUCCUCCGCGUCAGAGGACGGCGGCAAGGGCAUUGUUCGUCUUCCGGGUGUUGAGCAAAUCAUGAAAGAAAUUGCACCUCGAAGAUUCCACCCCAACCCACUCUGGGCCAUCUGCACCUCCGCCACUAAGCCCUAUGCUUCAUCCGCGCUUGCCGUCGCAGGAGUCCCAGUCCCGGAUGUCUUCGUCGCCGCAGAAGACGUUGAGAAGGGAAAGCCCAACCCAGACCCGUAUCUCAUCGGCGCUGCCAGGUGCAACGUGGAUCCCAAACGAUGCCUUGUCUUCGAGGACGCGCCAUCGGGAAUCCGAAGCGGACGGGCAGCUGGUUGCAAGACCCUCGCCCUCUUGACCUCACACUCUCGAGAGCAAGUCGAAGCUGCACAACCCGACUACAUUGUCAAAGACUUGGAAAGCGUCUCCAUCCGUGUGUUGGAGAAAGGUGUAGAGGUCACCAUUAGACAGUAGGGUUAGAUAUAUAAGCAUAGAACAAAUGUCAUUAGACUAGAUGAAUAGAUCCCUUUCAA